AUGCUCAGGCGGCCCCCAACCAUCAUUGCCCUGGAGGAAAAUGAUGUUGAAUAUCACCUCCAGAGGAUCUAUAUCCGUCAUACCCUGUCUCUCGAAUUCGAGCAGCUGCACUUAGACGAGAGCUGCGAUGAAAGAGACGCAUCUCCCAGUUCGUGUGUCUCUACGGAAUCUGAUGUGGACAUUGACACCACAGGACUGAGUCAAGAAGGAUUAUGUCUUGAGCCUACUUCUCCAAGAAACAGGAGCUAUGCUGCUACAGAUGCAAUUCCACACAAUUCGGUGACUAAGUCAUGCCUCAAAUCCCCUAUCUCAAAUCAGUCCUCGUUACAAGUGGCAAUUUCCACCAGAGUACAUUCGCAGGCAGAUCAGUCUGUUGACCCACCGCGACUGAAGGUGAAAUUUGCGUUGUCACCGCAGGAACUCGAACUUCAUAACAAGGCCCCUCUUGAAGAAGAAACAGACCGAGGUUGUCGCGGAGGAAACCAUCGGCCAAGCCACACAGAUGCUAUAUAUACACCCAUGUCUAUUGACUCGCCAGCUUCGACGCCGCAGGUGUCAUUCUUGUCGUGUGGUGUGUCGUCAAGUCCAGCCACCGCAAGUGUCCCACCCCGGGACCUAACCUUAGCAUCCACUAUGUCUUACGAGGCAGUCUCGCCUGCUCGUGCGGCCAAUAGCAUCGGCGAGGACCGUGGCUAG